CUUUGAGAGCACUGUGGGGGGCUGUGAGCUCCAUGGACCUGGAGAAACAGAUCAGCCAGGACCCCGGACCCUUAGAGGGGAACCUUGCAAUAACUGCAGGGCUGGGCCACACUGGCGGAAGCUUUCAUUGUGGUUACGCUCAGCACAGAAGACAGGGACGACACUGUGGCAGGGGAGCAGGGGCAGACCUCACAUUAACCUCAUUUGAAGACUCCCACAAGCUUUCGGAUCUGCCGUCUGCGGGGGAAGCACCGCCAGGAUGCCGCUAUUUUGAAGACCUUACGGCCAAGACCACCAGUCUCAAGGUCGAACCCUUGGAUGCAAUAGAAAAGGAAACGACCAAGACCCAGGAGAAGGCAGGAAUUCCUCCUGAGCGGCAAAGACCGAUCUUUGCCGGCAAGCACCCGGAAGAUGGACAUACUGUGUCUGAAUACAACCUUCAGAAGGAGUCCACUCUUCAUCUUGUAGUGAGAUGUCGGAGAAGGAAGAAGUCUUGCAGCAUUCCCAAAAAGAGCAAGCAGAGGAGAAAGAAGGUUAAGCUGGCUGUCCUGAAAUAUGACACGGGGGAUGAGAACAGCAAAAUUAGUCCUCUUCCUUGGCAGCGCCCUUCAGGUGAAUGUGGUGCUGGAGUUUUUCCAGCCAGCCGCUUUGACAGACAUUAUCGUGGCACAUAUUAUCUGACCUAUUGUUUCAACAAAUCCGAAGACAAGUAAUUGUUUAUUGG